GUGACCAUUGUCUUGAUCUUUUUCUCCUUUGUUGCUAUCACCUUUAGGGAUGCUAUAGGGUCAGCAUUAGCCACUGUCCCCUACCCCCAUCCUUCUUGUCUUUAUAUUCAUUUAGAUGAUGGUACGCUUUAAAGAUUAGUUACUUUGCUUAUACUUCAUAUAUUCACACUGUAGGGAACCUGUGACAUCCACGGUUGCUCCACAAAUUGCAACUCGGUCUCAUGUCCACGAGCCAAUUAGUACAUCUGUUUGAGUCUAUAAGUCCCGCAGCGUAGGGAGAGUGGAGGGGGUCAAUGUUCACUGGGAGGAGCGAGUCUGACAUCUUUCUCUGUAAGACACGCUGAACGAAAGACAAGAAGGCGUGAGCUGCAGGAUACGUCACAGGCUCGACAAGAUGGAGGCGGCCGAAGAAGGUAACGUCAGUACGUACGAUAUAUGUCGAGUGUGUCGUUCAGAGGGAAACAUGGAGAAGCCGCUUUAUCAUCCAUGCGUGUGUACUGGUAGUAUUAAAUUUAUUCAUCAAGAGUGUUUGGUUCAAUGGCUUAAACACAGCAGAAAAGAAUACUGUGAACUAUGCAAGCACCGAUUUGCAUUUACACCAAUUUAUUCUCCAGACAUGCCUUCCCGGCUUCCAAUACAGGACAUCUGUGCUGGCCUAAUUACAAGUAUUGGCACUGCAAUUAGAUAUUGGUUUCACUAUACAUUAGUGGCCUUUGCCUGGCUGGGAGUUGUACCACUUACAGCAUGUCGUAUUUACAAGUGUCUGUUUACUGGCUCUGUGAGCUCACUACUGACUCUACCGUUGGAUAUGUUGUCCACGGAAAAUAUAUUAGCCGACUGUUUACAAGGGUGCUUUGUUGUUACAUGCACACUCUGUGCAUUUAUAAGUCUUGUUUGGUUAAGAGAACAAAUAGUCCAUGGUGGCGCUCCACAAUGGUUGGAACAAAAUCUUCCUCAACCCCUGAAUGGCUUGGGACAGCAUAAUGUGGUGCAAGAUGCUGGUAAUGUAAUUGCAAACAAUAUUGCUCUUGUCCAACUUGCCAACCCUCCAGUAGAACAUGUGGUCCUUGGUGAAAAUCCUGAGAUACCAGGGGAACUGGCAGAUGAGGAUGAAGAAGAUAAUGAAGAAGAUGAAGCAGUAAUGGAGGAUGCAGCUGAUGGAAAUAAUGGGGCACAAGAUGACAUGAAUUGGAAUGCUUUAGAAUGGGAUCGAGCAGCAGAAGAACUCACAUGGGAAAGGAUGCUGGGCCUGGAUGGAUCGUUGGUUUUUCUGGAACAUGUCUUCUGGGUUGUGUCACUGAACACCCUUUUCAUACUUGUAUUUGCUUUUUGUCCUUAUCACAUUGGCCAUUUUUCUCUUGUUGGUCUUGGAUUUGAAAACUAUGUACACGCUUCUCAUUUUGAAGGCCUUAUAACUACCAUAGUUGGGUAUGUGCUGCUAGCAGUCACUUUAAUUCUGAGUCAUGGCAUGGCAGCAAUUGUAAAAUUUCAGAGAUCUCGACGUUUAUUAGGCAUAUGCUACAUUGUUGUGAAGGUUUCAUUACUUGUGGUUGUAGAAAUUGGUGUUUUCCCUCUCAUUUGUGGAUGGUGGUUGGACAUAUGCUCCUUGGAAAUGUUUGAUGCCACACUGAGAGACCGAGAACUUAGCUUUCAAUCUGCACCUGGUACCACCAUGUUUCUUCACUGGCUUGUGGGAAUGGUUUACGUGUUUUACUUUGCUUCAUUCAUUUUGUUGCUAAGAGAGGUUCUCAGACCAGGAGUUCUGUGGUUUCUAAGAAAUUUGAAUGAUCCAGAUUUUAACCCAGUCCAAGAAAUGAUUCAUUUACCAAUUUAUAGACAUCUCAGGAGAUUUAUCUUAUCGGUGAUUGUCUUUGGGUCAAUUGUCCUCCUUAUGCUUUGGCUUCCUAUUCGUAUUAUAAAGCAAUUGCUGCCUACGUUUUUACCUUAUAAUGUGAUGCUGUACAGUGAUGCACCAGUGAGUGAACUAUCUUUGGAGUUGCUACUUCUGCAAGUUGUCCUCCCUGCCUUACUGGAACAAGGGCACACUCGUCAGUGGUUGAAAGGACUUGUCAGGGCUUGGACUGAAACUGCUGGAUAUUUGCUUGACCUACACUCCUACCUGCUUGGAGACCAAGAUGAAAGUGAGAACAAUGUUAAUCAACAUGCUGGAAACAAUCACAAUGCUCCAAACAAUGCUGUGCCUGUCAUCGGGGAAGGUCUGCAUGCUGCCCAUCAAGCCAUUCUUCAACAAGGAGGUCCAGUAGGGUAUCAGCCAUACCACAGGCCUGUUAGAUUUCCUCUCAGGAUCCUUCUGUUAAUAAUUUUCAUGUGUGUUACAUUACUGAUUGCUAGUCUAGUAUGCCUUACAUUACCAGUAUGUGUAGGACGCUGGUUAAUGUCAUUUUGGACUGGAACUGCAAAAAUACAUGAACUUUACACAGCUGCCUGUGGCCUCUAUGUUUGUUGGCUUACCAUUCGAGCGGUAACUGUAUUAGUUGCAUGGAUGCCUCAAGGACGUCGGGUGAUUCUUUUGAAAGUUAAAGAAUGGUCUCUUAUGAUCAUGAAGACACUUGUAGUGGCCCUUCUCCUAGCUGGUGUUGUACCUCUUCUGCUUGGACUUUUAUUUGAACUAGUAAUAGUUGCACCUCUGAGGGUUCCUUUGGAUCAGACACCUUUGUUUUAUCCCUGGCAAGACUGGGCUCUUGGUGUUUUACAUGCCAAGAUUAUUGCUGCUAUAACACUGAUGGGUCCUCAGUGGUGGUUGAAAACUGUUAUUGAACAGGUAUAUGCAAAUGGAAUACGGAAUAUUGAUCUUCAUUUUAUAAUGAGGAAACUUGCUGCACCAGUCAUCUCUGUUCUGCUGUUGUCACUGUGUAUACCGUGCAUUAUAUCCACAGGAGUUGUUCCAUUAAUAGGUGUCACUGCUGAAAUGCAGAAUCUGGUUCGACGUCGUAUUUAUCCUUUUCUGCUAAUGGUGGUUAUUUUGAUGGGAAUAUUGUCUUUUCAGUUAAGACAGUUUAAGCGCCUUUAUGAACACAUAAAAAACGACAAGUACCUUGUUGGCCAGCGCCUUGUAAAUUAUGAAAGGAAGUCAAGCAAAUACACCUCUUCUCCUUCAGCACAUCCUUUUCAAAUAGUGCAGGAUUAGAAAUGAAAAGGAAAGUCCAAGGUUCAUUUACCUCCAGAGACUUCUACAUUGCUUUGUCUGUUUUCAUGACAUUUACUAAUUUCAUUGUCAUAUAGCAUACUUCUCUAAAGACAGUUCACAUGUACAGUCUACCACAUUUUUUCAGCUUUGACAAUGAUCAACACCUUCAUCUUCUCACCUGUUUUUAUUUGGUUAUUGUGACUUUUUUUGUCUUUUUGGAGGGGUGUCCUAAUUAAGCAGAUCUUAAUUAUAAAUCUGAAACAACAAUGUCUAUUAAUUUAUUAAAUGUAGUUGUCAUUUUAUUGUGCA